CAUCGAGGCUGCUGUCAGGCCGACAGGACGUCUUUGGGAUUCUAAAACAGUUCAUUCUUUCCCGUCCUGAGGAAAUUCCAGGUCUUUUAAUGCCGUGAGCAGUCAGACAGCCAUCCAGUCAUGCUGCUGAGGUGCUGCACUAACAUCUUCUGCAGACUGGCUGCAGCCUGGUUUCCUCUGCUCCUCUCAGCACUGCUUUGGCAAACGCUCCCCCCCGUACACGCCGUCCCAUCCUGCCCUCGGAGCUGCAGCUGUCCAGGAGUUAAAGAGGUCCACUGUACCUUCAGACACCUCACCACCAUCCCCAAAAGCUUUCCCAAAGACACAGAGAGGCUCAACCUGGGCUACAACAGCCUGACGGAGGUGGAGGGUUCAGAGUUCAGGUCACUACAGCAGCUGGAAAUGCUCAUGCUGCACGGCAACGACAUCGGCAGCGUCUAUCCGGGGGCGUUCUACAGCCUGAGGUCUCUGCAGAUCUUGAAGCUGAGCUACAACAAGAUCACGUCGGUGAACCCUGGUCUGUUUGAGGGUCUUGCUGGUUUGAUCCGUCUCCAUCUGGACCACAACCUCAUCGAGUUUAUAGAGCCGUACUCCUUCUCUGGUCUAACAUCCUUAAAACUGCUGCAGCUGGAGGGGAACCUCAUCCAGGACAUCCACCCUCACACCUUCAUCACGGUGUCGCUGCUGGGAACCUUCUGGACCUCUGGACUCAAACAUUUACAUCUAUCAGACAACCUCAUGGAGCAGCUCCCCGCUGCAGCGCUGAAGAUGGCUCCCAGGCUGGAGCUCCUCACCCUCCAUGGGAACCCCUGGGCCUGUGACUGUCAGCUCCGCUGGCUGGUGGAGUGGAGCUCCUCACAUGAAGGUAUCAUAAAGUGUAAGAAGGACCGUGGCUCCAGUGAGGUCUGCCCCCUGUGCUCCUCUCCUCAGACCCUAAAUGGCACCCAGCUGUUGGGGUUAGAACCAGACAAGCUCACCUGUGCACGGCCUGAUCUUCGCUCCCCCCUGAAAAAGUGGGACAGUCCUGUGUGGGCUGAUUCCGAAGCAGAGCCCGACCUCCCGUACAUCCGUGAUUUUGAGAAGCCUUUAGGACACCUGACCCUCGUUCUCUCUGACAGCCACGGGAACAGCGCUCACCUGGCGUGUGACGUACGGCAGCCAGGAGACAGCUCGCCCAUGACCUGGACGACGAACUCACACGGGGAGUUAUCCGUCAACGUAUCUCUAGCGACUGCCCUUGAAUGUGAGAUCGAUCGGGAGACUCUGCAGAAUCUCUGGCAGCUGGUUGCGUACUACUAUGAGAGCCCUGCCAUCCUGGAGCGAGGCCAACAGAGGGGGAAUGACAGUCGAGUUACCUUUCAGUAUUCCCAGGUAGUUAAUGAAAACUCCCCGUAUUUUACAGACUUGAAAGGGUAUUUGGUAGCAGAACCUUCAUGGCUGCUUCAACCAAGGGUCACUAUGAAGCUCAACAGGCGGCAGACAACGACCAAGAAGCUGGUUAUGGAUUUUACUACUGUGAUAACGAGGCACAUGAGCGACCGCACGGCGAACCAGGACGACCAAGAGCGAGCUCUGUCCUGGGCUCUGAUUCGAAGAAAGACAACCGGGCGGAUUCAGACUGCUCUCGAAGGUUCGAAAGUUCAACUGGGGUGUCGAGUCGUCACUUCAGAUCCGGAGGUAAAAACUGAAUGGAUGCUUCCGGAUUUGUCCAUCGCUGAAAAAGCGGCUGAUAAAAUCGAGCUUCCUGAAAGCGGAGAACUUGUGAUUUUAAACGCUUCGUUGUCUGAUUCAGGUCUUUACCACUGUAUGGUCAGAACCAAAGCUGGCGUGGACUUGAUGCCUUUAAGACUCACCGUUAAAGAGCGCUCCCUCGGCCCGACUGCUCUAAAUGGCCAGAAAAUCACAGUAAUGAAGGGACAGUCGUUUUCUCUGCCUUGUGAAGUUACCUCGGUCCAGCCCAGUCAGAUUAUGUGGUACCUCCCCAAACACCAAAUCCUUCUCCCCACACAGCAAACCAGACGGGCAGAAAUGAUGGAAAAUGGGACUUUGGUUGUAAAAAGAUCAACACAGGAAGACACUGGGGAGUACAGCUGCUUGGCGUCUAAUCUGUAUGGCGUUGACAUGCUGUCACACGUUGUGGAAGUCACCGAUCGAUCCAAGGAGCAGCAGAUCCUGCCGUUUGGUGAAGAGGAAGGAGAAGGUUCAGGGGGAGAUUACCAGGAAAUUAAACGUCCGUUUGCCACGCAGUUCCCUAAGAAGCUGCAAACACAGGACAGACAUGCCAACGGUUUUACAAAAAGGACAAGAAUCAAAGAAUCAAAAAGAAAACCCAGUAAAUCAGAUCUGAAUCCAGAGACUUCCACUAAAGCUAAACCGAGCACUUCUUUACCUACAGAGCGGUCACUACCAGAGCCGAGCACCGUCUCCUUUUAUACACCCGAACCCUUCACCACGGCUGCCUUUAGGAUCACUUCUUAUACUCACAGCGUAGCUCCGACCACAGCCUCUUCUGGUUUGAGUUUGCACCAGCCGACGGAAUCAACGCCACUCAGUGAGAUCACUGAAAGGACAGCGAUGGUCACAGACCAGUCAGCCGUUAGAAGACAGUUCAACCGCGUUCCCGGUCAGUCAAACAGGAGGCGACCACCGUUCAGACGCAGGAAACCGCCGAUGAGAAGGGUCCGACCACAUCUGCACCCCUUCUACCAUCCAUCAAACAAACCCCAAGGAACGGCCCCUCCCACGACGACCACCACACCGACGACCACCACACCAACAACCACCACCACCACUACAACCACCACUGCUGCUACGACUACGACUGCUACUGAAUAUGAAACCUUAUCUGCAGAGUACCAGACAGAGGAGGAUGACUACAGCGAAGAAUACAAGCACGGUGAUGGUCUGGAUGAACGGGAAGAUUUAGACCGUCAAACCACUCCUGCAGAAUUUAUCAGAACCUUUACGACGUUCCCACCUGAACCACAUACUAAUAAAGGUAAACAGAGUUUACUAAAUUCAAACUCCAUUCUCACUCCAAGGCUAGAUAUCAGCCCCGAUCCAGCUGAGAGGGAAGCUCAGGAACAGGAAAGAGAGGCUAACAGGAAGAAACUGGAGAGAACGAAGCCUGAAACCAGAAAACAAACAGAAGAAACGAGCAGCGACGACAAACCUCAUGCAGGAGACAAAAAGAAAGAAAAACAGAAAACAGACACAGAAUGUGAUGACAAAGACACAGAAAAAUCUCAAGAUAGCACAAAGUCAACCAGACUUUUACAAGAAAAUAACACACCAACCCGAACAGGAACGUCCAAGAUAAUAACAUCACAUCCAGCAGGAGGCAGAGGCUCUACAGACCGACAGGAUCAGGAAACUGAGAAGACAGGAACCCACAGCUUCCCAGUCAUGGAACCAGUCCACCCUUGGCUCCACCAGAGCAACCACGGAGGAGGAACUACCACCUCCAGACCAACGCAUGCAAACCACGACAGAAUAACACAGAGACAAGGGGGAGUGAAUUCAGGCAGGCAGUACCAGCUCCCCAGUGUCCCCCCGACCCCCCGCUGGCCUUCCUACCAUCAUCAUCAUCAUCACUACCAGCCCUACUACCCCCACCUGCCGGGUCAAAGAACAUUUACUCAUCCAAGGCAAGGGUCUGGAUCCCAACCUGUGCCCACGCAUCGGCCAUGGCCCCUACCUCACCCCUGGGUCAAAGACCGGUUUGUCACCAACCGCCCAGAAAUUACAGCUGAGACAGCGAGGCCCACCCCUACAAUUUCUGGAGCAUCAGGAACCAGAGUUAAAAUCUCCCACCCCUCUCUGUCGCACCAUAGUCAUCAUCAGAAUCAUCAUGUGGACGUCAGGACCCAGACCAGAGAUCAGCUUUUCUUUUCACGGCUCAGGAACAGAUACAGACAGGCGCAGCUUGACCGCAUUGCUCAGCUAGGGAGGUCUGUGACACCAAAACCCCGCUCUAGCUACCACAGUCCUCUGUCAUCCAUGACACCUAAAACCCACCAUCCAUCUCCAUAUAGACCCUACAUCCCCAAACCUGCAGCCACAUCCUCCUAUACCUACACUCUGCAGCCUCAGAAGUCGGCCCAGCCUUCAUCAUCCACCUUCUUCGGCUUCAUCCCGACUCCUCGUCCUUACCACCCGACAACUCCCGGGGUUCAGUAUGGAGGUCGAUGGCCUGUCGGAGGAAAAAUCAGCUCUCGACGGCCCACAGCAGCACCUCCUUUCCCAUGGUCGUUGGGAUCUGCAGGUGGAGGGGUGAAGGCCCGGAUCACCACGGUAUCCUCAGCUAGUGUGUCAGUUCUGGCAGAGAGUGAUGUCUUCCUACCCUGCAAGGCAACAGGAAAUCCUGAGCCUAACAUCGCGUGGACCAAAGUUUCUACAGGGGCCACCAUCCCUGCCAACACCAAGCACGGCUCUCGUUUUGAGGUCUUAAAGGAUGGAUCUUUUGUCAUCAAAAACAUUCAGCUCCAGGACAGAGGCCAGUACCUGUGUACGGCCCAGAACAGGUUUGGAUCAGACCGUAUGGUCAUCACUCUGGCCGUCCAGACUGAGGCCCCAAAGAUCAAGCCCCCAAAGUCGGCACAGAUCGCCGUCUACCUGGGUAAAGGUGUGACUCUUGACUGUGCUGCUUUGGGGAAACCCCCUCCCCAGAUCUCCUGGAUUCUACCAGACCGGACGUUUGUACGGGACGUUGGAACUGUCCACACCCUCCUGUCUCCAAUGUCCUUUCUUCUAAAUGGGACCCUGCACAUCCAUUCAGCCAACUUCUCCAGCAAAGGGGACUACAAAUGUAUAGCUAGCAAUGCAGCAGGAGCAGACACGAUAACCUACAAUGUCCAUGUGGCGGCGCUGCCUCCCACUUUCAGCGAAGGAGGAAUGGAUACUGUGAUCGUUCAGCCAGGAAGGAGUCUGUACGUCCACUGCUCUGUGAAGGGAGAACCAGCGCCUAUGCUGACAUGGAUGCUUCCUGCAGGAGUUCAUGUCAAACCCUCACAGUUUCUGGGACGCCGCCUUUUUGUCUUUCCCAAUGGGACAUUGUUUGUGAAGAACAUUUCGCCAGCCGAUGCUGGAAGGUAUGAAUGCUUGGCCACUAAUACCGUGGGUAUUGCAAAACGAACCGUCCAGUUGGAGGUCAGGGCGGACUCCGCUUCCUUCCCUCAGCAGCCUCCUCCUCCUCUCCCAGUCCCUCACUCCUACCACCGUGGUGCUCCAUCCCGCCAGCACUCCGUCUCAGCGAUGUACGGUUCUGCCGUCUACCUCCACUGUCCCGAGUCGACUGGUUCAAAAAGAGGAACUGUCUGGCAGCUGCCCUCUAAGACCAUCAUGGAGCAUCAGUACAGUCCAGAGAGACCCAUUAAAGUUUUCCGUAAUGGGACUCUGAGGAUUCUCCAGUUAACAGAGCUGGACGGAGGAAAUUAUCUGUGUGUCUUUCAGCGGCCCAACGGGGAGGAGAUCGAGCUCUUCCAGGUGGAGGUGGUAAUGACCCCCCCGAGAAUCGAACAUGUAAGGACUGCACAAACCAGAGUCACCUUUGGAGAAAAUUUUCAGGUGGACUGUGUUGCUACCGGCCUCCCUGAUCCAGACGUGUCAUGGAGUCUUCCUGAUGGAACUUUAAUAAACAACGCUCUCCAGUCAGACGACAGCGGCGUUCGUCACCGCCGCUAUGUUAUCUUUGGCAAUGGGACUUUACUUCUGCAGCAGGUGGGCAAAAAGGAUGAGGGCGACUACACCUGCCACGCCAAGAACAAGCUAGGAAAGGACGAGAGAAAAGUCAGGGUCAAGGUGGGACCUGAGGCACCAAAAAUACGAUCCAAGCUUCCAUCGGUGAUGACAGUAAAGUUGGGACAAUCAGCCCAGCUGAGCUGUCAGGCUACAGGUGAGCCCACACCUGUAAUUAAGUGGAUCUCACCAGGAAGUGAUGCAAUAACCUCGUCAGAGAAGUUCCAGGUCAUGGACAACGGGAUGCUGGUGGUGAAAAGAGUUACUCUGGCUGAUGAAGGAAAAUACACAUGUGUAGCACGGAAUGCAGCAGGUGACGACGUUAAAAACAUAAACGUUGAAGUAGAACCUCAGGAGCCCGUUAUCAACGGCCUGACGGGUGAAAGCACCACAACGGUUCUAGCUGUGUCCUACCAAACCGUCUUUCUGGACUGCAGAGCGGAGGGAAAACCCAGACCACGGGUCUGGUGGGUUUCUCCUCAUGGCCACUCGCUACCAACGCCGUACCUGGGCGGUCGCUUCCAGGUCCACUUGAACGGGAGCUUGGAGCUGAGAGGGGUGAGGAAAACCGACGAAGGGACGUACACGUGUCUGGCUAAGAACAACCUCGGCGACGUCUCGCUGCUGGUUCAACUAGACGUCACGUCACUAGCAGAGAAACCCAGCUUUGCUGUUCCCAACAUCGAAAUCAUCCCGUUAAAGCAGGAUAAUGGGGCACUGUUCCUGGACUGUCCCGCACGGGGAAAACCGCAACCAGAGUUUGCCUGGCUUCUCCCAAAUGGAACCAUGUUAGCGCCUGGUGCUAGACUCCAGCGGUUCGUUCAUCAUCAGGGAAACGGGACUCUACAGAUCUCUCAGGCGGUGUCAGGUGAUAAGGGAGUUUACCGGUGCCUGGCCAAGAACGUGGCAGGACAAGCAGAGAAACGCUACGCUCUGGAGACGGGCAGGAAGCCAGUGAUCCGAGGAUCUACAGGAGGGCUGAAGAUCAACUAUGGCCUACAUCUCAACAUGCCAUGCACCGUGGACGGCUGGCCACAGGCCUCGAUCACAUGGAGCCUUCCUAACGGACUGGUCCUGGACAAACCUCAGACCAUCGGACGGGUGACUCUAUUCUCCAACGGGACCCUCCAGCUCAGACAGGUGUCCACCUUUGACAAAGGAACGUACCUCUGCAGAGCCUCCAACUCCUUUGGUUCGUCGACGCUCUCCUACCCAGUGACAGUGAUGGUUUUCCCUCCACGGAUCACAAGCACCCUGACCUCCAUCACCAGGGUCAGCAGGGGGUCACAGGUGACGUUACACUGUGUAGCCACAGGUAUUCCUAAACCGGAUAUUUCAUGGACAUUACCUGGACGAACGACCCUCGUUCCACACAACCGCUUCCCGGUCCAGGGAGGGAUUCAGAUGACUGAGGAGGGCAGUCUGGUCAUACAGAACGCCGUCCUCAUGAACUCUGGCAUUUACAAAUGCAACGCCAAAAACGCACUGGGGACUGAUUUUAAAUCCACAUACCUACAGGUGGUCUGAGAGACAGCGUGGAGGAUUUUCUCAUGGAUUUGACUGUUAUGGCAUUAAAAGGACCGCCGGACUGGAGGCCUGGCUCCAGUUACCUUCUAACGCAGUUUCCACUGAACCAUGAGUCAAAGUUGGACAGGUGGAUGUCAGACUAAACAUUCACUUUCGAGAUUUCCCUGCAGUGUUUUUCUUUUGUUUGUAGUUGAGAAAAAAAAAGUGCGUUUUGUUUAAUGUACAUUUCUGACCCUAAAUUACGUCUCCAAAAUGCUUUAAUGCCUGUUAUAAGAAGUGCCUCUCUGUCCUUUCUCUGUAUAUUUAUUACUAAAUUCCUCAUGCAAGAAAAGGUGGGUUUAAUUUUUCAUAACAACAGUUUAAUGAAACAGAAGUAACUUCAGACCCUCUCUUUGACAAUGGCAGAUCUAUGGAAGAGGAUUAGGGCCACUGAAAAAAAAAACUUUGAGACAUGACUGACUUUUCCAAAUUCUAAGUAAAACAGAAAGUCUGAAUUCUGAACCCAGAGGCUGAUUGACUUACAGGGACGUACUGAUGGGCUGAUGGGCCAGGAGAUUUAAGGAAAUGUCUUGCUGUGAUUGUGGGACAUGCUGUUUCUGAUGAGGCUGCACAGAGAAGGACAGACACACAGGUAGGCCAACUGUGUGCAGACCAAGAGAAACCACACAACUGUUCCUCCUCUUUCCUUACACUGCACUCCUUCUCUUUUUUGUGCUCUGCCCCCAACGGACAGGUGCAAGAGUUUACCUGCCUUAGCACAUUACAACAUCACAACACACAUGCUACCCUCAGCAGCACCCGGUAGUGCAGCAAAUUAGUUACACGGUCAGGUGACCAAUGAAAAAACACCUAAACUUGAACAUCUGGUUCAUACACAAAGAGCCUGAGGCCUCAGUCAGGACGUAGUGCACGGUUUAGGCUUAAUCCCCGUUCUCCCCUUAACCCUCAGUCUUAACCCUCAGUCUCAAAAUGCGCGUUCCUGCAAAGUCCCAGUUCUCCCGAGAGUUGAGUUGAGGGGCGAGUUUGAGGGCUUUAUCUCCCUCGAUUGUGAGCUGUUCCUCGAGCUCCCUUGGUGUUGAGGGUUAUCACUCAGAGAAAGAUGGCGGUGAAUGCGGAGAAGAAAUCGAGCUACAAUUGCAAAUUUCUUUGGUAAUAGAGAUUUAAAAAUUAGGAAAACCACUCCAAAAUAUUAGUUUAAUGUUAUUUUAUGGAUUAUUUGCCUUUUUGUAGCGUAACAUUUACUUUUAUUUUUAUGAUCGUAAGCCGGUAACCAUGCCGUCGCGGACAAGCCUACGAGUUACAACUGGUGUUAGCUAAUGGUCGCGUUAUACGGUGACUUUCAGCUGAAUAUGUCCGUGGUUGUGGUGUUUAUACGUGUUAUUUGGUUGAAUAUUAACGUUCUCGUUCUUCUUCUUCUUCCUCUGAAUCCACAGACUACACAGUUUUGGCACAUUACUGCCCUCUACAGUCUGAAAUCGUAACUGCUUUUAAGGGGUGUCCCAUUUCUAAGUCACCAGAUGGUCCUUACACUUGGAAUUUAGGGGGAGUUAAGACUGAGGGUUGAGCUUGAGAGGAAGAUUGAGGGUUAAGGGGAGAAAUGGGAUUCAGCCUUAGUCUGUAACACCAUCAAAUCACCGCGAUCACAAGAUCAGUACCAUCGGACAGCUCCACAUCAAUCAGCUGUGACAACAGUGACAGGUCAGAGGGAAUUUUACUCUACAAACUCAUCAUUUUACUCUCUAAACUCAUCAUUUUACUCUCUAAACUCAUCAUUUUACUCUCUAAACUCAUCAUUUUACUCUACAAACUCAUCACUUUACAAACUUAUCAUUAAACUCUACAAACUCAUCAUUAAACUCUGUAAACUUAUCAUUUUACUCUUUAAACUCAUGAUUAAACACUACAAACUCAUCAUUUUACUCUUUAAACUCAUCAUUUUACUCUACAACCUCAUCAUUAAACUCUACAAACUCAUCAUUUUACUCUUUAAAAUCAUCAUUUUAAUCUACAACCUCAUCAUUUAACUCUACAAACUCAUUUUACUCUCUAAACUUAUCAUUUUACUCUCUUAACUUAUCAUUAUGCACCCUUAAGUCAUCAUCCUCAAAUAUUCACUGAAAAAGCCAAAUAUACAGCUGAGGCAAUGAAACUAUUAAUAAGAUAAUAUGAGUAAAAGCUACAUACAUGAUUUGUGUGCAUUAAGAGAAGGCAGGUCGAAGAGAGCAAGUUUGUAGGGUCUACUAAAUCAUGAUGCAUUCUAAUGAUAUAUAUAUUUAUAUGUGGCUAUGGCUAUGUGGUUACAUAUGUAGACUAUAAGAAACAGCGAAAUAUGUAACAAAUAAUACUAAUACUAGCUUAAUGAUUUUGUCUUUUUUUAAAUUUAUUAUUUUAUUAUGUUGAUUUAAUAUUUUGUCAGUGUUGUGGUGUCAGAGGCUAGAGUCACUGUAGGAUGGGGGGUCAGACUCUAAGUCCGGGGCCAGAUUCACUCCAACGAGACGUCCUGAGGGCUGGACUGUUUAGGCCAGGAGUGUCAAAGUUAAUCACGGAUUCUGAAUGUAGAAACCUAAGAGCAUUAAAAAGGUCAACAUUUAACCUUAAACUGUCAACAUCAUUUUCACCACUAGUACAAUAUGGAAACGUAUAACACUGAUAACAAAUC